AAGCCAGGAUGCCAGGAAGUUAGAGGGAGAGGCAGGAGCAGAGUCUGGGUCUGUGGGCUCACAGAACCUGGAACUGCUGCAGGGUGACAUCAUUUUCUCUUGCAGAGAGGCAUCAUGGGGUUCUGGAAGUUCUCCCCCUUCCUGGUCCUCAGCAUCCUGGUCCUGUACCAGGUGGGCAUAUUCCAUGCAGCGCCACUCAGGUCGCGCUUUGCUGGUCGCUUUGAUCCUGCUACACUCACUGAAGAGGAAUCGCGCCUCCUACUGGCUGCCAUGGUGAAUGACUAUGAGCAGACGAAGUCCCGUGAGCUGGAUGGGCAGAUGACUGGGGGCUCCAGCAUCACUGCCCAGAAGAGAUCCUGCAACACUGCCACAUGCAUGACCCAUCGGCUGGCAGGCUUGCUGAGCAGAUCUGGGAGCAUGGUGAAGACCAACCUGUUGCCCACCAAGAUGGGUUUCAAAAUUUACGGUGGGCGCCGCAGGAACUAUUGGAUCUAAGCAGUGAAAUGAUUCUAGGAAGAAGGUCACCAUGAAGCUGAACUCUACUUCUUUUCAUCUGCAAUGAAAGCAACUUACUAAAAAAUAGCAUGAAUGAUACACAUGCAUGCAUGCUUGUUGAUACUGAAAACACUCUUCUCCCUGAAAUAAACUAAA